CUGAGUUGUCGAUGAAAACCAAGGGACAGUACUGAGAAGUGAAAGGGACAUUAAUAAAAAGAUGGCAUCUGAGAUGCAAGAGACUACGGCAGUGACUUCACCAAGUCCUGUAACCAUCAAGAAGGAACCUUGCGACCCUCUUGACGAAGCUAUGGACUGUGAGGAAGGUCAAAGGUUAAAGGUCACCGAAGAUGGACUGAGAGACGGAAAGGAGGAUGAGGAGCGGAAUAGGUCGCCAAGGGUCGGUGUUUUAGACCUUGCAGAACGGAAGCCCGAGCAGAUGAUCACGCUGAAGCAGCAUAUUAUGAUAGGACGGGCAGCUCUGCGUCGUGAAAGUGCCCUCGACGAGAACUUGCAGAGAUCAGGGAGUGAGUCAGAGUCACGUGACGAUGCACAGGGCAGGGAAGACGGGAUGAGGGACGAGCUGCACGAGCGAUUGCAGGAGGAAGCAAAGCAGAAUGGCCACACUGAGGAUAGUGACCUUUGUAAGACACGGCGGGAACAGGACCUUGAAGAAACUCUGGCAGUAAAGGACCAGAAGCUAGAACAGUUAGUAGGUCAGUUGGGAACUUUAAGGGAACAGCUGUUAGCGCAGCAAGCAGAAGCAGCGGCACUUCAACGAAGCCAGGUCCAGAGGCAACAGCGACAGAUGGAGCUUCAGCGGAUGCAGCAAGAUAUGUUACAACGACAACAGCAACAACUCAUGGAACAACAUCAUAAAAUAAACAUUCUCAUGCAGGCAUUACAGCAGCAGCAACAGCAGCCGCCCGGUUCUCCUGCACCCUCAUCGACGUCAGCAGCAGCUGCAGCCGCUUCAGCAGCAGCUUCUGCAGCUGGAGGUGGCUUUGUUCGUCUCAUCCCUGUAUACCCUACAGACUACGUCAGACCACCUGCCCCUAUUCUUGUCACGAGCCCCAACGGCCACAACGCCUCGCUGGGUCUCGCCUCGCAAGCCAACGGGAAGCAGAUUCCGUCGCCGACGACACCGCUGGGUCAGGCAAAGCUUGCAACGUCGCCCAUCGGCUCGGGACACAUCCCGGCGGUGUCACCGCUGACAGGUAGCCCCAAAGGCCUCCUGACAAUCCCACAUGCUUCCUUCCCUCCGACUGGGUUCCCGACCAUGCCACGAGGGAGCCCUACUGGUAUGCACGCCUAUCAUGAGAUGACCCCGGAGCAACCACUCAAUCUAUCUCAGAAAGGAUCAUCAUCGGAUUCUAAUAGGUCUGAUGGCUCUCCAGUCGGGUCACCUCUUACUCCUCCACCAACUCAGGUUUGCGUGAGAUCACGUCCGGUCACAAUAACGGAACCCCUGAAGAGAAGUCAGUCGUUAUCGCCGAAAGCCAGUUAUCAGAAGUACGCCACACAUGAAGCAGAAGUUGUCAACAAUGCUUCAUCUCACGCCCACGUGGAACUCACCAGACCUUCGGGUAAGUCAUUUUUCAUUCUGUUAUAAUAAGGUAUGUCUGACAUAGCAGCAGUCAAGAAGCCAGUGUGGAGGUACAAUCUGAACAUGUGCAGAAUAAAGGUCAUUUGUACCGAAAUCUAAAACCCACCGACGCAAACUCUUUGAGGAUUGCCUAACAUAGCUGCACUCGAGCCAAUUCAGAGAUACAUUCUGAUCAUGUGCAGAAUAAAGGUCAUUUGUACCGAAAUCUAAAACCCACUGACCUAACUCUGAGAGGAUUGCCAAACAAAGCAAUACUCGAUAAGCAAGUUCAGAGAUGCCUCUGAGCAUGUGCAGAUGAAUAAGUCGUACACAAAAAAAAUGUGUAACCCACUGACACAUACAGAUUCUGAAAAAAUAUACUUCAUUCAGUUUACCCAUGCCUAUUACACUCAUGACAGUGGGGUAUGCGUGUUUUCCUUCAGCAAGAAAUUUACCCACAUUGUGCUGCACUCAACCCAGGUGAGGUGAAUGUGUACCGGCAGGAAGUAAUUCCCCCAAAAGCUGUGAGCACCGGAAUCGGUAGACUAGCUUAGUCGGGUAAUAUAGGAGUGCCUUGAGCACCUAACAAGGUGGAAACGUGGGCUACACUAAAAGUCCUAUAUUAUAUGUAUUUAUUUUUAUAUGAAAGAGAGGAAGAGAGGGAGAAAGAUGCUUUAAUAUUCAAUCUAUGAGCAUGAUGAUGUUUUUUUUCUUCGAAAUCAUGCAUCAAUAAACACAUUUGUUCUUAAAGGAAAAAAUUGAAAUGGCAGAUGGUUCACUUCCACAGCACAUGACAACAAAGAGACCUGUCCAUGGUGUCCUGAGACUAUUUUUGCUCGUACAUUUUUAUGAUAACUGUGCUGAAUACAAAUACCACCUGCAUUCGUUAGUGUUUUUUCCAGAACAAUGAUAUUCAGCGAUGCUUGUACAAAAAACUCUAAUUCAUGGUUUCACAAAAACAUUUCCUCAAAGCAUUUUCACCUGAAACGUCUAUCAUAGCAGCUUGUUCUAUAUUUUUUCAUUAAAAAUACGAUUUUUUUGGGAGGUCUGAAAUAACCAAUUGAAUACAUUUCACGAGGGUAAUGAAGGAGCCUUUUUCUGACAAAAUGACCACAUGUUACAGUUGUGCUCAGAAGUUAGUGAACCCCGCCACAAAAUGCACUCCUUCAUGCUGAGUGUUGAAUGUUGACAACAACUCUGCAAUGUUAGGCAAGCCCAGAGAAACAAACAGCAUUGAAUGAUAGUUUAUCACCUGACCUCACAAUUUAAAGGAGAAUGAAACCCUUGAAACCAGCUGAAUCCAUAUCAAAGAGAAAAAUCAAUGAAACAUAUUGUUGAAAGUUUGAGGAAGAUUGAAUGAAUAAUAAGAAAGUUAUGAGCAUUUGAAUAUUGAGAUCACUAAUGCCAUGUAGAUCCUCCCAUUGGCAAUGCGACCAAGAUGUGUGAUGUCACACACGUACAACUCCCUCACUGCUUUAGUACUUAUUUCACUUAUAUUCUCACUUUUAUAGAAUCUAUCACAAGGUGAGGUAUUCCUUUAUGAGAGGACAAGUACAGAGGUUUCACAACAUUAUAUCAUUGAUGAAUCGUUUGUCAUAUGAUUAGAAUGAGCAAAAAGAGAUGUUUUGGGGUAUAUUUUCAGUGUCCAAAAGGGGAGAGUUGUUCAUCUGUGAUAUCAUAGAUCUUGGUUGCGUUGCCAAUAGGAGGAUCUCCAUAGCAUUAGUGAUCUCGACAUUCAAAUGCUCAUAACUCUUCUAUUGCUAGUCCUAUUUUACUCAAACUUUUGUUGAUCUUAUUCUUUGAUUUUUCUGCUUUAACAAAAGCUAACUUGCUCCAAGAGUUUCAUUCUCCUUUAAUAUCUAAAACAUGGUACAACUUGAGUACUUGAAAUAUGAUCAUUUUCUGGUGGGGUUCAUCAUUCUUUGAGCACCACUGUAUGUUUUAGCCCAAUAACUGAUGUCAAACAAAAAAUGGAAAUUUAAAAGAAAAUAGUCUUAAAAUUUGCAUUGCAACGGAGUGUCUUCCUACACAAUUUGGUAAAUUGUAUCAUUCCUCUUUAAUAGACCUUUUUCAGUUGGCUUUAUGUUUCAUUUAUAAAGUCUAAAAUGAAAAAGAAUAAUUGAAAGAAAACUAUAAUGUUGCCAAUUUGAAGAGCAACAGCUGAUCAAAUAAGGAUCUAAUCAUUCAUAGGCUUGAUGUAAAAAAAUGCAUGUUAAAUAGAUAUUUAAAAUGAUUUACUUUGUUAUUUUUUUUGUACUUAUUAUGAAAUAAAGGUUCCUUCUGUACUUUGG